CAGGAAGCUCCGCGCCGGAGAGCCCGGCGCCGCGCCGUGCCCGCCAGACAGCCUGGCGCCUGCGGCGGCCUUCUGGCUCGGCGCCGCUGCCCGGGCGGUGGCCACCGUGCUGACGUUCCCCAUAUCGCGCGCCAAGGCGUUGACGCAGGCGAAGCUGGCCACCGGCUUUCUCUCCGCAUUUCGCCGCGUCGUGGAGCAGGAGGGUGCCAUGGCGCUGUACAGUGGCCUCGCGCCAGAGCUUCUUCGCGGGAUGACGCAGGCCGCUGUGAUGUUCAUGGUCAUGGAGCGCCUGCGCGCUAUGGUUCGGCGCAGGCUCCUGACCGAGAAGGCCUAGUCGCGCGCUGGUGUGGCUGCGCAGUCGCUGCGAGUAUGGCUUGCUCCCCAAACAGUGAUUGAACGUAUGGUUUCUCACGCACUGCACCUCUAAAUGCUGCACGCCCAGUUUGUGCAAGAAGGUACUGCUUGGGAUCCACGCUGGCAAACAUUCUUCGCGUUUGUCUCUGGAAGUGUUCGCAGCAUCCCAGGGCGCGCUCAAAGUAUGACCGCUCCCACUGCUCAAUCGUCGUCGGCGUCGGCGUCGUCCCUGUCCUCCUCAUCCUCCUCUGCCUCCUCUCCCCUCGGCCUCAGCUGACUGCGGCCGCAGCAGCGGUCUGGUCAGGGCUGUGCCUCCAGCACGCUCGGGAAAAGUCGCGCGGAGUCCGCGCCAC